GAUCAUUUUAAUCUAGUAUUUUCUAAAAUAACAGAAAAAGACAAACCAAAGACAAAAGACAUGGAAGAUUCAGACAAGUGAACCAAGAUUCAAACAUAAGCAAAGAAUCAAUCACAAAUCCAUCGUAACAUAACAUAACAUAACAUUGAUGUAACAACAAAACUGUUUCUUUCACUCUCUCUCUCUUUGUUCAUUCCGGCCAAAAUGGCCACCACCACCACCACCACCACCAUCUUCUCCAUCUUCCUUCUCUUCAUUGCCCUUUUCAAAACCCUAACCCUAAAUCCCUCAAUUUCCUCACAACCACCACAAUCUCCACCUCCAAAUUACAUCAUCGGAUUCACCCAAUACAAAACCGCUGACCACCACCGUGCUUAUCUUGAAUCCAAUCUCCGAUCAAAAGGGUGGCAAUGGAUUGUAAGAAAUAAUCCUGCAGCUAAAUUCCCCACCGAUUUUGGCCUUGUUUCGGUUCAUGAAUUGGGGAUUAUUGAAGAAAUUAAGAAAUUAGGGUUAGUGAAGUAUGUUAGUUUGGAUAUGAGUUAUAAAAGGGGUUUGAUGAAACAUGGUAGUGAUAAAGUUGGUUCUUUUAUUGAUGGGAAUAAAAAACCUGGGAAGAUCUUUACUAAGAUGUCGUUUUGUGAAGCAGAAGAAGAACAAGAACAAGAUACUGUCAAUCACAAUCACAAUCACAAUCACAAUCACAAUAAUUCCAUCAAAUGGGGGAGACAAUUGUUGUUCCAGAGAUCACAAGUUACUUCUAUGUUUGGGGCGGAAGAACUGUGGACGAAAGGGCACACUGGUGCAAAGGUCAAGAUGGCCAUAUUUGAUACUGGCAUUCGUGCUGAUCACCCCCAUUUCCGUAACAUCAAGGAGCGUACAAAUUGGACUAACGAGGAUACAUUGAAUGACAAUCUUGGACAUGGGACUUUCGUUGCUGGUGUUGUUGCCGGUAUGGAUGCUGAGUGCCUUGGUUUUGCACCAGAUACAGAGAUUUAUGCAUUUCGUGUGUUCACUGAUGCACAGGUGUCAUAUACCUCUUGGUUCCUUGAUGCCUUUAACUAUGCAAUUGCAACAAAUAUGGAUGUGCUCAAUUUGAGCAUAGGUGGACCUGAUUACUUGGAUCUCCCAUUUGUAGAAAAGAUAUGGGAGAUAACAGCCAAUAACAUAAUAAUGGUUUCUGCAAUUGGAAACGAUGGACCACUUUAUGGAACUUUGAAUAAUCCAGCAGAUCAAAGUGAUGUGAUUGGUGUUGGUGGUAUUGACUAUAGUGACCAUAUAGCUUCCUUUUCCUCACGUGGAAUGAGUACCUGGGAACUUCCUCAUGGUUAUGGCCGUGUGAAGCCAGACGUAGUUGCAUAUGGACGAGACAUAAUGGGAUCAAAGAUUAGUUCGGGUUGUAAAAGUUUAUCAGGGACCAGUGUUGCAAGUCCUGUAGUGGCUGGUGUUGUAUGUUUGCUUGUCAGUGUCAUUCCUGAACCUGACCGCAAAAAUCUCUUAAACCCAGCAAGCAUGAAACAAGCAUUGGUCGAGGGUGCUGCAAAACUUGCUGGGCCUAACAUGUACGAGCAGGGUGCUGGCAGAGUUGAUCUGUUAGAAUCAUAUGAGAUUCUUAAGAGCUACAAACCGAGGGCAAGCAUCUUUCCCAGUCUUCUUGAUUACUCGGAUUGUCCUUAUGCAUGGCCCUUUUGUCGUCAGCCACUCUAUGCAGGUGCCAUGCCUGUCAUCUUCAAUGCCAGCAUUCUAAAUGGAAUGGGUGUUAUUGGCUACGUCGAAAGUCCGCCAAUAUGGCAUCCUUUUGAAGAAGUAGGGAAUCUUCUAAGCAUUCAUUUUACAUAUUCUGAGAUCAUCUGGCCUUGGACUGGUUAUUUGGCCAUUCAUUUGCAAAUCAAGGAAGAAGGUGCACAAUUUUCCGGUAACAUUGAAGGUAAUGUGACUCUUAGGGUUUCCAGCCCUCCAGCUCAAGGAGAAAAGCGCCCUCGAGUUAGCACAUGUGUGCUUCAAUUGAAGUUAAAAGUGGUGCCAACACCGCCACGAGCAAAACGAAUUUUGUGGGAUCAGUUUCACAAUAUCAAAUACCCCCCAGGUUAUAUCCCCAGAGAUUCGUUGGAUGUUCGUAAUGACAUUCUUGACUGGCACGGGGAUCAUCUACAUACAAAUUUUCACAUAAUGUUCAACAUGUUACGAGACACUGGUUACUAUGUUGAAACACUUGGUUCUCCUCUUACCUGCUUUGAUGCUCGACACUAUGGAACACUUCUUUUGGUCGAUCUUGAAGAAGAGUACUUUCCCGAGGAGAUUGAAAAGUUGAGAGACGAUGUUAUAAAUACUGGAUUGGGAUUAGCUGUCUUUGCUGAGUGGUACAAUGUAGAUACCAUGGUAAAGAUGAGAUUCUUUGAUGAUAAUACCCGGAGUUGGUGGACCCCUGUCACAGGAGGUGCUAAUAAUCCUGCUCUUAAUGAUCUUUUGGCUCCAUUUGGAAUUGCUUUUGGAGAUAAGAUUCUGAGCGGUGAUUUUUCACUUUUCGGUGAGGAAAAUCGAUAUGCAUCUGGAACAGAUAUAGUGAGGUUUCCAAGAGGUGGUUAUGUACAUAGCUUUGCUUUUUCAGAUAGUUCAGAAAGUGGAGCCACUCAGAAUGUGUUGCUUACUUCUAGCACCACCAAGGCAGAUUCUCCAAUUCUUGGUCUUACGGUGAUGGGUGAAGGUCGCAUUGCUGUGUAUGGUGACUCCAACUGUUUGGACAGCAGCCAUAUGGUCACUAACUGUUUUACACUUCUGAGGAAAAUGCUAGAUUUUACUAGUGAGAAUGUUAGAGAUCCAGUGCUUUUCUCUAAAUCAAAUAAACAAGUCGCUCCCUUAUAUGAAGACGACAAUCAGUUACCAUCUCGCAGAACUGAUGUAAAUUUCUCUUCAUAUUCAGCUGUUGUGGGGAAGGACUUGAUAUGCAGGACCGACUCAAGGUUUGAAAUAUGGGGAACUAAGGGCUACAUUUUGCAAGUCAGAGGAAGAAACAGAAGAUUGCCUGGUUAUCCUGUCAUUGAUCUCGGGAAUGGUUUAAAUUCAACCUUUGAUGCUUCUAACAUUAGGCGUCGAAAGGUAACUUUGAGAAAUAAGGACGACUCUCUUGGGAAUAGAUAUUUAGGCCUGUUCUAUGGAGAUGAGCCUGAUGCACCUAUGUUGGUUGGUAGUCACUGGCUUAUUCCUGCUGUUGUUGCAGCAACUGGUAUUUUACUAUUGAGUUUUUGGCGCAUUCGCCAAAAGAGACGUCGAAGAAGGAAAGGAUCGUCAAGCUCUGGUAGACUGACCAAUUUAUAGUCCAAUAUCAACACUAAUGUAAUUAUAGAUCCUUGCCUCCAAAGAGAUUCCCCUGUAGUAUUAGCAUAGUUACAAAUUCAUGAGUUGUUCCAUCAGCAUCACGGUAGGAAGAUAGCUAAAUAAGUUGCUUUUUUCCUUACCUAUAGAGUUGUAACAUUUUUGUUGUUAUUAUGGAUGCUUUUCAAGGGCACAAAUUUUCUGAUGAUGAAAUAAUGUAUUUUCAUGUGUUUAUUAUGUUUAUUGAUAUAUCAAAGUUUGUAAGAGUUACUAAAGUAGUACGAGUAGUUUAUUUGCAGUUAA